CUCAGUAUGCUUUUAUUACUAGUUUGCUACUGCUACUAGUCUACUACUGUCCACUGCUCACAGCCACUGUCCUGUCCUUGAAAAAAAAAAAAAAAGAAAACAACUUUCCCCCUUCUCCAGAAACAUUCCCCAAUCCCCAGUGCUACCCAGAACCCACGCUCUCUUCCUCACUAUCCCCCCUUGUCUUUUCCAUACAUAGUUGAGCUGCCGAGGAAGAUCGAACGGAGGAAGGGAGAGAGAGGGAGUUGAAGUAGGGAGAGAAUAUGAGUCGGCCCCUGGGGGCAGUGAUAGGGAGGUACCCAUCAAGUGACGGCAGCACUCGGAUUGAUCGAAUCAUUAAGCGCAACAGGAGAUGCAGAGAUGUGGCAUUUCUGGUAGUGUUCAUAGCCUUUUGGGUUGCCAUGAUUGUCAACUCCAGCUUUGGAUUCAACCUAGGAAACCCAUUAAGGCUUACAUAUGGGCUGGACUACAAAGGAAAUGUUUGUGGUGACAAGCAUGCAAAUCCGAAUCUGCGUGAAUUGGAGCUCACAUACUGGGUCAAUCCUAACCAGGUCUAUCUUAGUGGUUCCAAGAACAGCCAAUUCAAGUUGGCGAAUGCUAGGAGUAUAUGCUUGUUGGAUUGUCCUAGACCAACAGACGAUGGGCUGAAUUGGGUCUGCGAUUACCCGGAGGGUGAUAUCCGCAUAUCAAUGGACGAUUGGAUCGACAGGAAUUAUGAUUAUUACGAGUUCCUUACCCCUGAGAUGAGGAACUCAUCUCUUCAACUCCAGGGUCCUUGUUACCCUGUCAUUUUCCCUAGUGUAAAUGUGCACUGGAGGUGCGAAUUUGUUGCUCGUGCAUCAAAUGCGUCUUUGAGGCAUUGGCAGGUCAUGGGUGGAUUGAACAUCAACGAGGAUAUUAGAAUUGACAAGACCAUUCACAAGUCAGUCAAUGCUCGUUCGUCUGUACUGAAGAGAUAUGUGGCAGAUAUUGGGAAGUCAUGGCCUGUAUUAAUCGUCUGUGGAGGACUAUUACCUCUAUUUUUGUCGGUGAUUUGGCUGCUGAUGAUUCGACACUUAGUUGUUGCCAUGCCAUGGGUUACAGUUGCCCUCUUUAAUAUACUCAUAAUUUCAGUGACAAUGUUCUACUACCUGAAAGCUGGAUGGAUUGGAAAUGAUGCUAUAUCCCCAGUCAUUGGCCCUCCUGAUCCAUACUAUCAUGUGUUUGGUCGAGAACUUAAUCACAUCCGCGCUGUUGCUGUUCUCAUGACCGUGAUCAUGGUGGUCUCUGUCCUUACAUCAUUUGCCAUAGCUCGACGCAUACUUAUGGCCACAUCCGUACUCAAGGUGGCUGCAAAGGUGAUUGGAGAAGUUCAGGCUCUCAUAAUUUUCCCAGUCAUACCAUAUGCAAUGCUUGCAAUAUUCUACAUGUUCUGGUUCGCAGCUGCUUUGUAUCUAUUCAGCUCUGGCCAGAUCAUCCAGAACAACUGCGACGACUCAAACUGCUGCGCGUAUGAUCUUGUGUCGAAACGGGUGAACUGUGACCGUUGUUGUGGUUAUGGCAUCCGUUACACCCCUCAUAUUGCUAUGGCCAUCGUCUUCCACCUGUUCGUAUGUUACUGGGCCACCCAGUUCGUCAUAGCUUCCUCUGCAACUGUCAUUGCUGGUUCUGUUGCAUCCUAUUAUUGGGCUCGUGGUGAGAGCUCGCCAGAGAUACCAUUUCUUCCAGUUUUCGGCUCCAUGAAAAGGCUUAUGAGAUACAGCCUUGGGUCAGUUGCCUUGGGCUCGCUGGUGGUCUCGUUUGUUGAAUCCAUACGCUUCCUCCUGGAAUCGAUUCGCCGCAAGCUGAAAAUCGCUAAUACGACACCGGACAGCUGGAUUGGGAAGGCGCUGCACCAUACCUCUGGAUUUUGUCUCAGCUGCAUCGAAUGGACCUUGAAGUCGGUGAACCGCAAUGCUUAUAUUAUGAUAGCUAUUACUGGGAAGAGCUUCUGCCGGGCUUCUGGGAUUGCAACUGAGUUGAUCAUGAACAACAUUUUGAGGAUAGGGAAGGUGAAUGUGAUCGGGGACAUAAUUCUGUUUCUGGGGAAGUUGUGUGUGAGCCUUUCUAGUGCUGUCUUUGCGUUCCUGAUGUUGGACACACACAAGUACAGAUCUUCGCAUAACAAGAUCUCUUCCCCACUCUUCCCCGUGGUGGUUUGCUGGGGACUUGGGUACGUGGUGGCGACACUGUUCUUUGCGGUUGUGGAGAUGUCGAUCGAUACUAUCAUCCUGUCGUUCUGUCAGGACUCGGAGGAGCACCAGGGGACAGCUCAGUAUGCUCCUCCUCUUCUCAUGGAGACGUUGAACGAUCAGAACGAGAUGCAGAGACUAACUCAAUGAAGAACAGGUGUUUUAUGUCAUCUAUUCUUUUGAUGGUUUCUGAAAAUGUACAAGUAGUAGCAGUAGUAUAAGUAGUGUUGCUAAGUUGGUUUUGAGAAUCUAGACUAGUAAGCGUUACUAUUUAGUUGAAAUACUAAAUUCAUAUCCUUUUUAUAUCUCGACACCAUGGAGAGUCUGGUUACAUUGCUGGUAUGAACAAUUUAGCAAAAGGAGUAGAAAAUGAAAGCCCAGGUCCAUC